UCUCGGGAAGCAUUGCCUUCCAGCUGGGGCUGGUCCUGCUGGGAGCAAGGGGGGUGCACUGGAUAUUUUUCCCCCCCCACACACAGUUUUCUAGCAUGCAGAAAAGGGGCUCUGCCCUUUCCCACCCCCACAAUGUGGGUGGGGGGGCAUUUAUCCCAUCCCCCUCCUGCUCCUGUCUUCCCCAUGCACUAGCUGCAACAGCCCUCCUUCCCUCUGGCCCCUCCCCCCUCCCUUCCAGCAGCUGUCGUAAAUGCCCCCACCUUACUUUCCGGCUAGCCCCGCGCGCAGGGCCCGGAAGCCGUCGCCGUGGGGAUGGUUGCCGCGGCAACCGCGUCCUGCUCCCGGCCGGGAGGGGCGGGGCGUGCGGCGCGGAGCCGGUAACUAAUGGAGUCGGAUAAAGGAGUGAAUGAACAUUUAAAGCUCCAGUUUAAGGCUCUCCAGGAGCUGCAGCAGAAGAGGCUGCAAAAUCUGAUGGAGAAAAAGAAGGAAAAGAAGCACGGUCAGAAGGGGAACAAGAACAGCCCGCAGGAGACAUUUGGAGUCCAGGAUGAUCUAGAUCUAUUUAAGGUAGAUGGACUGAAGAUAUCACAUGAAGACAACAGCAAAAGGUUGCUUGAGGAUGAAAUCGAACAGCUUCACGACCACCUUCGAGAGGUCACAGAUGAAAACGGCAGACUGUACAAACUGGUGAAGGAGAGGGACUUUGAAAUUAGGCAGCUCCAAAAAACAAUAGGGGAGGAGAGAUUGGCCUUGUCAGGAACAUCUGGUUUAGCAGGGGAUAUCGCAGCUACUAAAAUAGUUGAACUGUCCAAAAAGAAUCGCGAGCUAACCGCUGAGACCGAGAGUGAAAAAGCCAAAGUGAAACAGCUGAAUAACAGAGUCAAAGAGCUGGAAAGAGAACUCCAGGCAGCCAUGGGAAAAAUCCAGUCUCUUGGCGGCAGUGACUCAGAAAUCAAGCAAUCAGCUCUGAGGAUGACAGAAGGAAACCUGCCUGACAGUCCAGAACUGAAAGCGGUGCAAGAAAAACUAAGUGCAGCCAACUUGAAGAUGAUGGACUAUCGCAACCAGCUCCAGGCCACAAAACAGGAAUUGAAGAUGAUGCAAAAGCUUUUAGCAAGUGAAGUUGGUGAAGAUGUGAAUGUUCAAAAUCUUUUGGCUACCUCCGGUACCUGGCGUGGACGGGCCCAGCAGAUUCUUGUUCUACAAGGCAAGGUUCGAGAGCUGGAGAAUCAGUUGGGUCAGAGCAAAAGCAGAGCGUCGAUGAACAGUAUCGACGAGGAAAUGUUGGCCUUUACAGAUCCCCGGAAAUUGUCAGCCCAGGAGAGAAACCUCCUCCGGAUUCGCAGCUUGGAAAAAGAAAAGAGAGAGGCCUUGGAGAAACUCACCGGGGAACAUAGCGCUCUUCAGAAGGAUCAUGAAGACGUGAAAAAAAAACUGGAUGCAUCGAAAGCCAGGAACAAAGUGCUGUCCAAUGAGGUGAAAACGCUGAAGGGGCAGAUCCUGACCCUGCUGGAGAAAGGGAAGCAUGAUGAUGAGCUCGUGGAUGCUUUACUGAGCCAGCAGAAGCAAAUGCAUGAGAUCUUAAAACACCUGAGCCAGCAGGAUGAGAAGAACAAGGAGUCUCAGCAGAGCCUCGGACAGCAGUUGAACAGCGAGACUCAGAAACAGAGCUGUCUCAUAGAGCAGCUCAAACAGAUGGUGGCUGAACGAGAAGCCAAGGUGAAAGAGCUGGAAGAGGAGGUUGGGCAGCUCACGCUUCAGCAUCAGAAGAAAGAAGCCACUGAGGAGGGCAGUCCAGAUGUUUCGGACUCGCUGUCCUCCGAGCUCUCAGAAGAUGCAAGUUUUACUCUAAUCAAGUCACCAGCCUCCGGCGGUGAUCAUGUUGGGAGGAUUGUGUCUGCUCGCACCGUGUCUAAGAUGGGGCAUACGCUUGUAGAAUCUGCAGCUACUAAGCCUUCGUCUCCAAGUAAUAACAUCACACAGGGCAGGUACGUUGACAGCCCAGAUCUGAAAGCGCUGCAAAAAGAGAUCACAGAGUACAAGGCUCUCCGCCAGGCUGCUGAAGUGGAAAGAGGCAGGCACACAGAACUAAUCGCUGUGUUGCAGAAAAGGGUGGACGAAUGCCACAAUCAAGUUUUGGAAGCUGAGAAGAAGCUUCAAGAAGAACAACGUAGAUCGGUCAUUUUGGAGCAGCAGCUCGAGAAACUGAAAAUGGCACAGAAACCUCCUACCAGGAGCAAAGCCGGUGAGGCGCACCACUUUGCUCGGGAGCAUCGUCUCUAUUACUUCCACAUUCAGCAGCCAAGGAGAGAGAGACAUAAAACAGCUCCAAGGAACGGCACCAAGAGCAAAAUCCUGGCCUUACUGAAUUAUUCAAACUUUGUCUUUGACUCCAGUCAGUCUGCAAAUACCGCCAAACAUACCUCGACUGUGGGCGACAGGAAAGAUGUGGCUGCAGUUCAGUUCUCCGAGGUGCCCCUGGAGUCUCAAAUAGAAGAGCUGAGCACAAGGCUUCUGAUCCAGGUGGAUGAAAACGAGGCACUGAAGAGAGCCCUGGAGAGCACUGCAAGAAUGAAAGAGGAGGAUUUCAAACUGUACCAAGAGACAAUGAGCCAAGUCAAGGAGAUCUUUCUACAGGCACUGCGGCAACAGAAGCAAGAGAAGAAUUAAAGCAGGGCAUUCAAACUCCCUUGGUCUGCAGCAGGAAGAGAGUCUAAGAAUAGAUCCAGUGAAUUGAAAUGCAGGAGCAGUCUCAUUAGCCGUUUCCCCAGAACGUUUAAUUUUUUAGCACAUACAGGAGAGGGUGAGAAACACUGUUGAACCUUACAUUAUAAAGGGACUCUUUAAAUUUCAGCAGAUCCCCAGUUGGAAGAGUUAGCAAGAUCUCAGCCCAUGACCGUCCAUGCAAGUUGGAUGCACUUUAUCAGAGCUCCAAGGCCACAGCCCUAAUUAUGAGCAAAACUUCCCUGGGUUGCACUUGGCCUCUGCUGGAUAAGACCCCAGGUCUAAAAUGCUCCUAUUUUAAUCUACAAAUAUAGAACCUGUUUCAUAUUAAGCUGUUUCUCAAUA